AUGUCUAGCGCUGUCUUGCAUAGGGAUACUCACUUCAUUCCUCGGAAGGCUGUUGGUGGCAAAGGAUGCUACAUCUUUCUGGAAGAUGGCACCCAGUUCCUUGACUCCACAGGCGGUGCUGCGGUGUCAUGCUUGGGUCAUGGCCAUGAGCAGAUCAACCAAGCCAUCAAGAACCAAAUAGAUCAGAUUUCAUACUGUCACUCUGCAUUCUUUGGCACUCAAGUAACAGAAGACUUGGCUACAUUCUUAACAGAGUCUACUGGUAAGAAGUUGUCGAAGCUGUUUGUGGUCAGCUCAGGAUCUGAGGCUGUCGAGGCGGCCCUUAAAUUGGCUCGCCAGUAUUUCCUCGAGUUAUCUACACCUCAACCUGAGCGUACCAGGUUCAUCGCUCGCCUGCCCUCUUAUCACGGUACCACCCUCGGUGCUCUGGGCGCCGGUGGACAUGUCCUCCGAAGACAACCCUUUGAGCCUCUCUUGGCCAAGAACACUUCUCAUGUAUCUCCUUGCUAUGCGUAUCGUGGUAAAAAGGAGAACGAGUUGGAUGCCGACUAUGUGGCUCGUCUAGCAGCGGAACUUGACGCCGAGUUCCGACGUGUUGGACCUGACACCGUGUGUGCUUUUAUUGCUGAGCCAGUCGUUGGUGCGGCCCUCGGCUGCGUGCCCGCUGUAUCAGGCUAUUUUCCCGCCAUGAAAGCCGUCUGCGAGAAAUACGGCGCUCUGUUCAUCCUCGACGAGAUCAUGAGCGGCAUGGGUCGGUGUGGAACUCUGCACGCAUGGGAGCAGGAGGGCGUCGUCCCCGACAUUCAGACGAUUGGAAAAGGCCUGGGUGGUGGCUACGCUCCUGUUUCGGGUAUCUUGAUCAAUGAAUCGAUUGUUCAAACUUUAGACAAGGGCACGGGUCAGUUCCGACACGGGCAGACUUACCAAGGUCAUCCGAUCUCGUGUGCGGCAGCACUGGCUGUUCAGCGGACUAUCAAAGAACAGUCUCUUCUCGAGAACGUGAGAAAGAUGGGCGCUUACCUUGAGGAGCAACUGCGUCAGCGGUUCCAGAAUCACCCCAAUGUUGGAGAUAUUCGAGGGAAAGGGCUGUUCUGGGGUCUUGAGUUCGUCAAGGAUAAAGCAACUAAGGAACCCUUCGACCCCAAGGCUCGUCUAUCGUUUCACAUCCAGGAAAAGGGUCUACAACCAGAGUACGCCGUCUCACUUUAUGGAUGUACGGGUACAGUGGAUGGCAUUCGUGGAGACCAUGUGGUGUUAGCACCACCUUACAUUGUGACCAAGGAGGAAAUUGACACCCUGGUGGAUGUAUUGGCCAGAGUACUGACAGACGUCCUCGCAGAGUUGGAAAAGUAA